UAUGGAAAAGUCAAUUAUCUCAGAAAAAAAGUCUAAAACUGAUGUUAUAAAUAAAGAAGGAAUAAAGACUCCAAAUGAUCAGCAAAAUAGUUUAGUACUAAAACAAACUAGUCACGAAAGUUUAACUAGCAGAAAGAGUAGCGAGAGUAAACAAACAAAUAGAUCAUGUAGGUAUAGAAGAUUUAAAAAGGAUUAUGUUAGCAAAGACAAUAUGUUCUUAAACGAUUAUGAUUUAUAUGGAGAAUUGUCUCAAAAGAACGAAGAACUCUUAAAGAAAGUCAGAGUUGACUCCAGUAGAGUAAGCAAAAUUGAAAAUUAUAUAGAUGAUAAUUGCAGAAGUUCUCUAUAUAACAUUGAGUACAGUAAAUUGGCCUUCCAUACUGAUAUGAGAAAAUUACGGAAAAGUAUUAUUAGUGCAGUUUCUCAAGUCCAAGAGUAUUUGAACAUAUCUGCACUAAAUAACACAGUCAUCACCGAUCUUGAUCAAUAUUCUUUUAAUGAUUUAGGUUAG